ACUACGUUUCAUGACGUAAUUAAUAACGUCACAGUAGGAAGAACGUCAAGACGUCACAUAGUGACGGCAAUCAUAGAGCGGAGCUGGCCAAACAUUGGCGGUUGGCAACAAGCUCCUCACAGCCUAAAAUGGCUGGAAAAGAUUAUCAAGAUCUAGUACUGGUUGAUAUAGAAUACACAAAGAUACAUCCAUUGGCAGAAAAUGCAGACGACAAUUUCAGAAAAGAUAUCACGGAAAGACAUGAAACAGAGAAGGAAAGACUUGAACGUAUAGCGGAUAUGUUUUUAGCUAGACCGCUUUACAGCAAAGAGAGUAUUGACUAUCAACGUAAAAUGAAGAGAAAAGACGAAAGUGUAGAGCAACUUACAAGCAGUUGUUUGCAACCUAAAUCUGAGAGUGUCAAACAAGAUCUAGCAGUAAUUGACUUCGAAUACGCUGCAAUACAUUCAACUGACGAAAAUCUUAAAAAGGAUAAUCCUAAAAGGCAAGAAACAGAGAAGGAAAGACUUGAACGUAUAGCAAAUGUGUUUUUAGCAAGACCGCUUUACAGCAAAGAGAGUAUUGACUAUCAGCGUAAAAUAAAGAGAAAAGACGAAAGUGCAGAUCUACCUACAAGGAACUGUUUUCAGUCUAAAGCUGGGAGUGAUAAACAGGAUCUAGUAGUAAUUGACAUCGAAUACGCUGCAAUACACCCAACUGACGAAAAUCUUGAGAAGGAUAAUGUGAAAAGGCAAGAAACAGAACAAGAAAGGCUUCAUAGAAUAGCAGACAUGUUUUUAGCCAGGCCAGCCAAUGUCGGAGAUAAAUGUAAAGAUGCCAAUGUUAGAAUAACGAAGAGUGACGAUGAGGUGACCACUAAAAAGGCGAUGAAGAAGAAUAAGAAAAGGACUGUGCAGAAACAGAACGCAACCCAGGCAAUCAAGGUACAGCAGCCGAUGGAAGCAAUUAUUGAGUGUAAAACUGCAGACGACACGAAGAAACGCGAACAACAUCCGGGCUGCUUCGGGUUCAUCAGAGCUUGGGUGGAGAAACGAUCAUUGAAGAGAAAAGAGAAAAAGCUGAAGAAGAAAGGCAAAAUGGAUGAAAAUUUUAGCGACAUUAUAACAAAGAUUCAGAAGUCCCCCAAAUUUUAUGAAGCAGACGACACGGCCAAUACUGGACUUGUUAGUGACGCCUUGGAGAAUGGCCGCGUCGAAAGAAUAGCUUUCAAUUAAAAUUGUUUCUGACCGACUUAAACUCACAGCAGUAGAUUAAUACUAUGUUUUGUUGUUGUUGAAGACUUGAUACAAAAAUGUAAAAUAAACUUGAGAUAAAAAUAUGUAAAGUCGUUAGUGACAGUAAAAAAUAUCAAUGCUAGAAAUGUUGGAAAUUCUCGAAUUCGUUUCACAUGAUCACACAUGUAUAUUGCUUGUCAUGUGAUACAGAAUAAUUAUACA